AUGAAGGCUGGCGCCGUCAUCUACGAGGCAAAUCGAAUCGUCGCCGCCAAAGUCAAAAUUGAUGCUCGCAAGUUUCAGGCGCCUCCGCUUCGCCACUCAAUCCCACCCAACGUGCCCGCUCUUUUGACGAAUAUUUCGCACGCGAAUCAGCCUUGUCGGUCAUCUUCGGACUCGUUGUACGACCGCAGUUGCUGCCUCCACAUCUGCGCCUGCUCCACCCUCCAAGCCGACCGCAUCAGCACCCACCCUCACCAUAGUUUCUCCGAGUCCCCUUACCGCACUGAAGUCGACCACUACCAUCUUCAUUACCUGUGCCACAACUACUGCGGCGACGACGAACUCAACAGCCCCUACCACCACCACCACCACCACCACCACCAUCACCACCACCACCACCCCCGACGCCACGACAAUCACGUGUCCUCACUGCGACACCGCAUUCAACUCACACGUCGGCCUGGUCGACCACUUGCGAAUCCCGCGCACAGAGACUAA